AUGUCUCCAGCUCCCAGCUUCCGUGGACACCUGUGGACUUACAACCCUGUCCGAGGGUCCUGCCUUCUGCUGCUGCUGGUCAUGUUAAAUCUGCUCCUGUGCCAAGGCAACCCAUGCCCCUCCUGCGGGCCUGACGUGUUUGCCACCUCCCUGAGAUCCCGUACAGACUUGUUUAUCGAAGUUGCCUGGCUGUCCCAUGACUUCCAUAACCGUUCCACAAUAAUGUUCCAGGAGUUUAAUGAAACAUAUGCCCAGGGCAAACUGUACCAUAUCAAUGCCGCGAACAGCUGCCACACCAAUGCCUUCGAUUUUCCCGAAGAUAGAUAUAAAGCCCACCAGCUGAGCAAUGAAAGCAUUACUAAGUGGGCACUCGUGCUACUGUACUCCUGGAAUAAUCCUCUGUAUCAUCUAGUCACGGAGCUGCAGAGGACGAAAGAAUUGCCAGAGACUUUCGUAUCAAACACUGAGGACAUUGAGGACAUGUCAGAGAGACUUCAAGCAUUCUUAGAGAGUCAUUUCAAGAAGAUUAUUGCUCCGGCCAUGAAGAUGAUUCGCAAUGCUCCCAGAGUCUGGUCAGAUGUCCGAUAUGUGAAGUCCAGUGAUGAAGAUAGGCGUCAUUCUGAAUUGUAUAACCUGUUCCACUGCCUGCGCAGGGAUUCACAUAAAGUUGACAUGUACUUCAAGAUCCUGGCAUGCCGAGCCCUCAAAACGUGCUAA